UCGGUGUCCUAUUUCGAGAUUGCCAGUGACCACAUACUCGCGUAUCAACAGGAAUGCUCCGUGCAUUCCUGGCUGUACGCGCCAGCUUGGUAUGCCGCCCACAGACCGCUAUAGGGACUAAGGCGGGUACCAUCCGAUGCGCUGCCAUCUCAUCUACCUCUAGACCAACCAAAUCCGUCCCGAUUUAUUUGUACAACGCACGCGCCUGGGUCGAAACAAUCGCCCCGAGUCUGCAGACUUUCCUAACUCUAGAGAAGCAUCUGCUGGUACCUCUCAGGUUCACAGUGCCGCACGGAGACCCGAAAUGGCCAGAGAAGACUUGGGGCUACCCGCUAGGCCUGUAUUGCAAGAACUUGCGUGCGCUUAAGCAGCAGGGAAAAAGUCUCCCGUUCUUCGCAGUGGACGACCUGGAGACUCUCGACUUCCCAUGGGAUAUGCGGCAGCGCAAGUGGGACGUGCUGGUGCUGCCAGCGCUCAAGAAAUUCAGCGAAAUUAAUGGUCACUGUGACGUUCCCGCCAAGUACGUGGUCCCGGCAGGGGAUGCCGAAUGGCCAAAGGUGUUGUGGGGCUUUAAACUUGGACAGACUGUCAUGAGUGUCAAGUAUGCCGGUACGUACAAAGCCCAACGAGAGGGUUCUCACGAGGAACUGGAGAGGAUCGGCUUCUCCAUGCAGAGCUGGAGGAUCCGCAUGUGGGAGACCAAGAUCUUCCCGGCUUUGGAGGCGUUUAAGCGCGAGUUUGGACACUGCAAUGUGAAUUUCAACUUUGUCGUGCCGAACGACGAGAAGUGGCCGAAAGCGACUAGAGGAAUGCGAUUGGGAGCGACGGUUGCCAACAUUCGCUGCAGAGGCAACUACGACGACAUGACGGAGCGAGACAAGGACAAACUGGAGGCGAUAGGAUUCACUUGGUCUCCGGAAGACGACCGAUGGACCUACAAGAUUAUGCCGGCGCUGGAAACAUUCCAACAAGUAUACAGAUCUGGCUGGGUACCGGUUGACUUUGUUGUUCCCAAUGAAGAGCCUUGGCCUGAAGCAUCACGAGGGCUCAGACUCGGAAACACAUUCAUGAAGAUCCGACACACAGGUGCAUACUCCUCAUAUGUGGAAAGAGACAGAGAGCGACUGGAUGAACUCGGAAUCGACUUCAACGCGGAUAUCACGUCGAUUCAGGCUUUGAAAGCGGAAUAUUUGUGACGACAGCACUCCCAACAUCGAAGGAAGGAAGGUUGCUGAAGUCUCGAACCGGAUAUGUACGUACUUUAGACACAUUGGCAUCAGCGUUUAGACUUGUAUCUCUCGAAACACGAUGCAGUAGACUCCUUUUUAUCACUAUCAAGCUCGUCACAUUUAUAAGGUCGUCGAUAUCAUAAUAGUGGUUGGAUGCUGUCGAAUGUUCUGCA